ACCUCCAAAUUCAAAUUCACUCCCAAAUUAUUCUCCAAAUCUGAAUUUCAAUUUCAAUUUCAACUUCACAAUGCCUUCUUCAUCCACUGCCAUUCUCUCAAACUCCACUGUCUUCCCCGAUCGGAAAUCCGCCGUUAAAAAACUCAAGCUCUCUGUCUCCGACCUUCCCAUGCUCUCUUGUCACUACAUACAGAAAGGCGUUCUUCUAACCUCUCCUCCCUCCUCCUUCUCCGACCUUAUUUUCUCUCUCAAACGCUCUCUCUCCGCCGCUCUCUCUCACUUUCCUGCCCUCGCCGGCCGCCUCACCACCGACCACGACGGCGCUAUUUACCUCGUCUGUAAUGACGCCGGUGUCAAUUUCAUCGAGGCUAAGGCCAAACACCUGUCGCUCGACUCACUUCUUUCUCCUCUUGAUGUUCCGAUUUGCUUCAGGGCAUUCUUCGCCUUCGAUCGGACUUUGAGUUAUUUAGGCCAUAAUAAGCCUUUGGCCGCGGUGCAAGUCACUGAGCUCGCCGAUGGCGUCUUCAUUGGAUGCACCGUCAACCACUCCGUCGCCGACGGCACUUCGUUCUGGCAUUUUUUCAAUACAUUUGCAGAGAUUAAUUUAGGAAAGGGGAAAAUCUCUAGGUCGCCGGAUUUUAGCCGGGACACGGCGUUUAACUCGCCGGCAGUCUUGAAAUUUCCACCCGGUGGUCCGACGGAGACAUUCGCCGGAAAUUCACGGCUGCGGGAGAGAAUUUUUCAUUUUAGCAGAGAAGCAAUUUUGAGGCUGAAAUUCAGAGCGAAUGGAGUUAGUUUCCCAUGGAAACGAAUGGAUAACGGAAAUUGCGACGCCGUCGAGAAUUUCGGGAAGCAAUCGAAUGACGGUUGGAAAAUCGUUAACGGAAAGCAGAACGGCAACGUUUCAGAUGGGAAAUUGGAAAUUUCCUCUUUCCAAUCCCUCAGUGCGCAGUUAUGGCGUUCGGUGACGAGGGCAAGGAAACUGAACCCAACGAAAACGACGACGUUUCGAAUGGCCGUGAACUGCCGCCACCGCCUGCAGCCGCCGAUGCCGUCGCUUUACUUCGGAAACGCAAUACAGAGCAUCCCAACCGUCGCUUUGGUCGGCGAGCUUCUUUCCAAAGACUUAGGCUGGUGCGGCGCUUUGCUCCACCGGAACGUGGCGGCGCACAACGACGCGAGGGUGCGUCGUGGCAUCGCCGAUUGGGAGAAAGAGCCGCGAUUGUUUCCGCUCGGCAACUCCGAUGGCGCGUCGAUGACGAUGGGAAGCUCGCCGAGAUUUCCGAUGUACAACAAUGAUUUUGGAUGGGGCAAGCCGGUGGCGGUUCGAAGCGGCGGUGCGAAUAAGUUUGACGGUAAGAUCUCGGCAUUUCCUGGUCGGGAAGGGAAUGGAAGUGUGGAUUUGGAGGUGGUUUUGGCGCCGGAAACAAUGGCAGGUCUUGAAAUUGACCCAGAGUUUAUGCAAUAUGUAUCGGCUACUGUGUGAGUGUUUUAAGCCAGUGCGCUCAGUUUUUUUUAGUAGAACAAUGGUCAGUCUCGGAUUGAACGAAGAAAAAUCAUAACAAUUAUGAUUGAAUUAUUUUGAUGGUAGUACUUUUAAGAUAAACCGUUACACUUUUAUUGAUUUUCGUGGCUACAAUCCACGUGGUGACAAA